UUCAGUUCAAAAUCAAUUCAUUUUAGAACUUUCAUAAGAAAGAAGAUUUUUUAGAAGUUUUUUCAAAAAGAUACUUUUUAAUUCCACCAAAUUCAUAAAGUAAAAUGUUUCUGGCAAAAGUCAAACGUAAUAUACAUGCUAAACAGGAGGACUUUGAAGAAGUUAUGGAUUAUCUCUUCAAAGAAGUUCGUGAAACAAAAAGGAUCGAUCCAAGCAAGUUACCCAGACCAGACUAUGAAAUGAUUCGAGAGGAUGUCUUUCGUGAGUAUCACGAUUUCAUUGAAAUCCUUGAUCAUCUUGAAGAUGCCGGACAUCCUCUCCUCGAAAAAUUCGAUGAAUAUAGAGUGGCGCUAAGAGCAGCAGCAGCUACGCUUUUUGAUACGGUCGAACUUAUUGGUAUAUUUGGUAGAGAUCGUGCUAACUAUAUCGAGGAGGAGCUAUAUUAUAUCUAUUGGUUGUGCAAUCACUAUCAUAUUACGAGGGAGAUGUAUGAACGUUCAAAGAUCGAGUUACUCCUACUCCUUAGACAGCAGGGAAAGCUGGAUUCGGCAUGUGAUCACGCCUAUCUUAGGCGAUUAGGAAAUUUCCUUAGCAAGUCCAAGUACUGCUCGAGAAGGGUUAUGACUGAGGGUGUUCCUUAGUAAUUUUUAGAUGUUAAGUGGUAAAUUCUGAUAAGUGGUUACAGUUGUUUCUUUAUAAUCUCAAAUAAAAUUUUAAAUCUUGAGAAAUUGUCAGGAUUCUUAA